AUGGCAGUGCAGUCCUCCCUGACACCCAAGCAGCUGGAGGACUUCACCCAGAACCUGAGGACCACUUUUGGCAGGGAGGGCAAGGUCACUCUCGGUGGGGUAGGGGUAGUGGCUCUGUCACUGGCUAUGCUGUUUGACACUCUUGCCAGACAGGCCAGAGGAGAGUGGGUGCCAGACUCAGGGCCAAUUCCUGGUUUAUUUCUCAAAAAUGUGAGAGGGUACUACCCACCACAUGUCUACACAGUCAGUGAGUACCUGAGGCUCGUACCCUACAUUGCAAACAACCCCACCAGGAUGAAAAAGGAAUCACAGAGGUACCUCAAGCAGUUAAAAAUUGAUGACCAAUUGUUGGACAAACUGGGACAAAACAACACAUUUCCGGAAAUGGAUGGAACAACAGUACUCAAUGUGGUUCUGGGAAAUUUUUUUGCAGGCAGUUUGAAGCUUCACCUCUACCGUAUCAGAAACACUACAGCUAAAGAGGUGUUCAGACCUAAUGGCCAAUGGCCAUCAGCCUAUUAUAUCUAUAAUCUCAACUGUGACCCAGAGACAGCCAACAAAGAUUUUUUUGUCAAAAUGCAAAAAUCUGUAAUUCAUACCCGAGAAGCUUUUAAAAGCUGCGAGCCAAGAAGUGACCUGCUCAACAUUGCCAGGCUAGAAAUGGUAGAUGUCAUUUUCCUCCUCUUUCAAGCAGCUAGAUAUAGGAGUACUGCUUCAAUGAUUGUCCAUAGAGAAGAUUUUGACCUGAAGGCCGAUGCACUCAGAAAAUGGGUAACGUAG